AAAUGUAUCUCCGCGCGCACGAUGAUUAGGCUCAAAAAUCGUCCAGGUACGGGAUGAGGCAUCUGUAUAUUGCUUUCGUGUUAGUUAGCCUUUUGAGUUUGGUGCGCUGUCCGGGGAAGGAGGGGUCAGACUCGGAGGCUGCUUCAUCUGGCGGAUCUACCAAGAGGUGGAGGAAUUGGAAGGUGCCGGAGCUGCCAGGCUGGCUGCAGAACAUCAAGGAAGGGAAAUGGCCGUGGAAGAGACGCGACGAUCGAGAAUUCGUAAAAAACAUCGGGAAAGAUUUGCCGAUGAAAGCCGGCGACACUGUCGUCACAUCUCUAGUUCCGAACCCUAAAAGUCUCAUUCGCCCCUUUCUCUGGACGUACGCAAUCGAUGCUGACAGAGUCGUCUAUUUCUUUCCCGGCUUCCACAAGUUCAGGAGAGGUACCUGCACGGCCAAAGUCAUUGACAUCCGGACGGAAUGGAAAGACGUGAAGAUGAUGAACAGGAAGCAGAAGAAAAAUCAUUUGAACAUAGUGGGAGGCCUGGUGGCGGCGCUGAUGGUGGAAACGCGGCCGCAGGUGACCCUGCCUUACCACCUGGCACGGUGCAACGGGAAGCACUACGUGGAGUACCUCUCUCUGGGUGGGGGCUCGAGAAAAGGCAGUUGGUUGAGCGUCAUGCAUUUCCGCGUGAACGGCAAGUGUCCGGUGAGAGCGCCCCUAGACGCCAACAUGCUUUCAAAGAUCUUCAAGACGGGGAGGUUCACGCUCAAGGCAAAAGACAAAUCAGCGAAGGAUAUAGAACUUGCUCUCCCCGGGGUUGAGAACCUGGGACCGGAGGACUACGCCUAUGAACUCUGGCCUAAGUACAUUCAGGAUUUGAAUUUGUUGGGUUGGAAGGAAGAGGUAGCACGGAAGAAGGCCCUGCUAGAAGCCGGCGGCGCCGCCUGAAUACGUAGAAUUUAAAGUGUAGAGUCCCUUUCUACCCGGAGUUAAGACAUCUCGAUUGCCAGCUGGCCUGGGCUGUCCGUGGUGUUACAAAAGUGUGCACUCAAACGAACGAUAUUGAAGGAUGAGGAAUCCUAUGCGAUGUCUGUCAUCCAAAAACAACAACAUCAAAAUAACAUGCAGCUGCAAUAUAUCAUGAAGAUAUAAGUUACAAACUUAGGUACCCGUUCGGUUCCCUCUAUUUUCAUUUUGGUGUGAUCAAAAUAACAAUCCAGUCUUGAUUAUCACAAUUAGGUUGUGUUUUCAAUAUUAUUGUUCACAUUCGAGCCACCGCCAUCGUGGUGCACACUUUUGUAACACCAUGAGCGAGAGCCAAUCAGAAUUGGAUUUUUUUUCAGGCCACUUGAAGCCCAAUCAGAAUUGGGAUGUCUUAACUCUGGGUAUAAAGGGGCUCCAGUAGAACUAAUCUGAAUAAGUAUGAGUGCAUUUCACUUCGCUUGUAAUUGGAAGUAAAUAAGAUUAAAAAGGCGAGAAUCUUUUCUUUAAGUAACUGAGAUAAGCGCCACUGUGUGAUACUUUUUAACUCGCAUCCAAAUAAAUGAAAUUAAAUGGACAUAAA